CCACUGCCUCCCCAUAGCCUGCUUGAAGGAAGUACAGGCUUUUCUCUUUCUCGCAAAGAACUCGGUUCAGGCAGCCUGGCCCUUGACACGGUGAACGUUCAGUCCCUUACCGACCUGGAGAACGAAGCCGAACUCAGGCUGUUUCGACUUUUCGCGUUUUACCAACAGCCAACAUGGCUCAACCUUCUCGAGGAAUCAUGCAGAGGUUUUCUUGGGAUAGAGAAGCUCGACCCAGGGAAGACCCAUCACUUCAGCGGGCCCCAAGCUUUCCUGCGCCUCCUCGUGGCUGGGUCCAAGUGACCGUGUCAGCGUAUAAUUUGAAAUGGUCUCGGCUGCGUCAGUGGCUGAUCAAUAACUUCAAAAAGGAAAAGGCACAGUUCAACGAGCGCCAGGUUCGUUGGAGAAAUCACGAAUUGUUUUCAUCGUCCAGGGCUGACAUUCAGUUGCUGCAGACGUUAUAUGACGAUUUUUUCUUCUUUUAUGCACCCAGGCAGCUCGUGGAGGUAAGGCAGUCAUCCGUCGCAAAAUGGAACUUCGCUAACAUGCACAAGAACGAGCUGUCGGCCAUUGACGACUUGCGCGAAAUCAACAGAGCCGACCAGAGGAGACAUUCUGUUCCUCGGGAUAGGACGCCUGACCCCCCUGCUUCUUCAACUGCACCCAAUAUUCCUUUGUGA